CCGAGAGCGAGGCGGGGGGCGGAGCUUCCGGUCCCGUCGCCAUGGCAGCGGUAGGAAGCCGGGGCGCCAUAAAGGAGGCGGGCGCAGGCGGUGCGGGCGCUGCGGGGUAAAUGGCGCACCACAAGGCCGCGGACUCGAAGCGGGAGCAGUUUCGGCGCUACCUGGAGAAGUCGGGGGUGCUGGACACGCUCACCAAGGUGUUAGUAGCCUUAUAUGAAGAGCCAGAGAAACCAAGUAGUGCACUGGACUUUCUGAAGCAUCACCUGGGAGCUUCAGCUCCUGGGAGUCCAGAAGUAGAGGCACUUCGCUUGGAAGUAGCAGAGAUGAAAGAAAAAUACGAAGCUGUGUUGGAAGAAAAUAAAAAACUGAAAAGCAAACUGGCUCAGUAUGAACCGCCUCAAGAAGAGAAGCGUGAUGAAUAGCAGUAGUUCCUCCUUUCAUACCUUGACUUAAUAAAGGGCUUCCUGAGAACUGCA